GGAGGUGGGAUAUAUGUGUGAACAGAGGACAGUGAAAGGGGAGGUCUGUGUGUGGGGGUAGCAGGGGGUCUGCAUGCAUGGGGAGGUGAGGGGUCUGUCUACAGAGGGCAGUGGAAAGGGAGGCUCUGUGGGUGGUGGAGAUCUCUGGGGGGAGGAACUGAUGGGGAGUGUUUGUGUUCAGAGCGGUUGAGGAGGUUUUCAAGGAGCUGCAAGAGAGUUGGAGGGCUCUGUAGAGUGGUGGUGGAGGGCUGUCAGGGGCAGUGGAGUGGUUAUGUGUGGGGGUGUUAGGGUGCUCUGUGUGUGAGGAGAGGACAGUAGGGUGUUGUGAGGAGUCUGGGGGCAGUGGAGGGGUUCUGUCGGCCUCCUGUGUAUGUAAGGACAUGUGGAGUAAGGAGGGGUUGGGGUGGUGUGGCUGGUAGUGGGAAGGUCAGUGCAGAGAAGUCAUGGUGUGAGGGAAACAGGGCAUUCUGUGGGGACUGUGGGAUUUGCAGGGGAGCACUGGGGGCUCAGUGCCAGGGGCUGGGGGGCUGGUGAGGGCAGCAUGCGGGUUGCAGGAGGAGAUCUGUGUAUGCUCAUGCAAGGGCAGCAGAAGAGGGGAGGGGUGUGGGGGGGGCAGCUGAAGGAAAGUACCAUGUGUUUCUUCUGAUAAAAAUAGGAUCCCCUAGCGGGGGGGGCAUGCCAAGGGCAGUGAUACAAUGAGCUAGGCUGACAGUUGCAGCCCACAGUGAGCCCACAAGCCCUAGGAAGCAGCCAGCAGGUAACAGGAGGGUCCGGUGCUGCCCCCUGCCUUAAAGGGCCAGAUUCUAGCCUGUUGGGAAAGGGUUAAAAGCCCUCACCUUGCUCCUGCUUCCUGUUUACAUACCCCACCACACCCCCACCCUCUCUUCCUAGACCUGGCAAUAGUGUGGCCAAGAGAUGGAGCCACAGGAAGCUGUGCCCCUCCCCACACCAGCAACAAAGCAGCCCAGGCCCUCGGAGGCUGAUGGCACAGCAGGAGAGAGUGCGGAAGGGAUGGCGGGGAUGCACGCCAAAGAGGCAGCACUGGGGGACAAAGGGCUGGGGGGAGCAGAGGAUCAUGGGGGUGAGGCCAAAGGGAGCAGUGGGGCAGUAGUAGAGGAUGCUGGGAGUGAGGCCAAGGGGGGCAGUGGGGCAGUAGUAGAGGAUGCUGGGAGUGAGGCCAAGGGAGGCAGUGGGGCAGUAGUAGAGGAUGCUGGGAGUGAGGCCAAGGGGGGCAGUGGGGUAGUAGUAGAGGAUGCUGGGAGUGAGGCCAAGGUGGGCAGUGAGGCAGGAGGAGCAGAGGAUGCUGGGAGUGAGACCAAGGUGGGCAGUGGGGUGGGAGGACCUGAGGUGAGAGCAGAGGAAGGUGUGGGCUCCAAAGCAGUGGAGACAGCAGGAGUAGGAGUGUCUGGGGCUGAACCCCAGGAAGAAGCAGCUGGGACCAAACCAGAAAAGGAGGUGGCUGAGGAGCGUGGGGCUGGAGCCCCAGGCAAAGAGGAGCGCACUGCCAGCACUUCAGAGGAGCCAGUGUCCCUAGACCUGGGGGAAGAGGAGGAGUACUGGCCUGAGCUUGCACCCAGCUCCCCUGAUCAGGGCCCAGCCAGCCCCACAGGCAGCACUGUCUUUGCCCAGGACACAGGGGGCUCACAGUCAGAAGGUGCUUCCAAGGGCCAAGAGGGCAGUGCCAGCCCUGGUGAGGCAAUGCAGCAGCCCAGGGAGCGGAGCACCGCACCUGAGGGAGCAGCACCCCCCAAAGAGAAACCGAAGCGGCCAGCACUGGAUCGGAGGGAACUGACCCGGCCCCGCCUGGGCCCCAGGACUCAGUCCCGCAAGGCCAUCGUGGAGAAGUUUGGGGGGGCAGCCAGUGGUCCUGCCCCAAAUAUCAAGCGGACGGGGGGCACCAAUGCCAUCAAGAACAUGCUGCUGGAAUGGUGUCGCGCAAAGACCCGUGGUUAUGAGCACGUGGACAUCGUGAACUUUUCCUCCAGCUGGAGCAGCGGCUUGGCCUUCUGUGCCCUGGUGCACAAGUUCUUCCCUGAUGCCUUUGACUACGCAGCCCUCACGCCCGAGAACCGCAGGGAAAACUUCACCUUGGCCUUUGCCACCGCUGAGAAGCAUGCCGACUGUGCCCCGCUGUUGGAGGUAGAUGACAUGGUGCGCAUGAGUGUGCCUGACUCCAAGUGUGUCUACACCUAUCUCCAGGAGCUGUACCGUAGCCUGGUAAACAAGGGGCUGGUGAAGACCAAGAAGCGGUGAAGCAGGGCAGGGCCCACACUGGGGAAGGGGAGAGACCCAGCACCUGCAGAGACUGCCCACAGGCAUGGGGGAGGAGGGUGUUCCCACAUUCCCAAACACAAAGCCUCUGCCCCAUCUGCCAAGGACAACUGCAGCCUGAGGGGCUACUGGGCUGUGGCUUUGUCCUGCUAGGUCUCCUACAGCAGCAUCCUCCUGCCCCAGGAGGUGGAGAGGCUCUUCCUGCUAAUGCAGAGCAGACUGGGUGAGAGGCUCAGGGAUAGCGGGGUGUUGCUGCCAUCCCAGUUCUGCUAGAACCCAGAGUCCCCCCACCAAGUGCUGUUGCUUCUACAGCCCUGGUCCAGUGAUGGGAGUGGGGGCAUCACUGUGGGUCCCAGAUGUUUAUGAGCCUGGCUUUGCUUUCAAUGUGAGGGAUGGAGUUGCUAGAUACCAAGACAGUCCGUUACAGAGGUGGAGAAGACCUGCAGAUGCCGUGCAGUCCCCUCUAGACUGGCAGAUCAUUUGGACUGCCCCUGCCUGCCAAGAAAGUAGCCGGUGGCAGGCACAGCACGUUUCUCAUGGGUGCCCCAAAGCAGCUGGGAUGGUAGCAGCUGGCAGGGACCACGCUAAGCUGUCCUCCUGCCCCAGAAGCCGAACACCCUGUGCCCUACAGAUGUCACCCUCCCCUUGGCCAGAAAGACAUGUGCUCCCCCUCAGCACCACCUCAUGCAUCUCCUCCCCUGGGAGUCCUCUCCAGGCAUCUGUUUGCUAUGUCCACAGCAGGUGCAUAACCACAGCUAGCAUGUGCAUGUGUUCAAGCCAUUAAAGCAGGUCUACUCUGAGCUCAAGUA